CUCCUCCUCCUCCUCCUCCUCCUCCCCACCCUUGUGGGCCCCAGACAGCAAGAAUUGCUCAGCCCAGCUGCCUCUCCUCCGAGUGCCCCCCCCCCAAAAGCUCAGCACCAUGGAAGGGGCCAGUAGAGGAGGGCGCUGACCAAGCUAGCAGGCAUCACCCGCCUCCUAUGAGCACUGCAGUAGGAUUGCAUCCUCCCUCCCUCUCUCUGCCUCCAUCUCCCCGGCUUUCUAAGAAGUCCCCAAGCCAAGAUCUGUUUCAGAGCAUCGUCCCUGCCAUCUAUCCUCCAGCUGGCCUCUCUCAGCUGGCCUUGGCUUCACUGCCAAAACCUGUGGUGUGACUGCUAUGUCCUUGCCAGGAAGCAGAAGACCCUCGACGGGAUCCCGAAGGUGAAUAUGAUUUCCUUCUUUCUCCUCCCCGUGGAAGCCGUGAGUUUUACGGAAGGAGUGGCUCUGCCUCCCUCUAUAAGUCUGCAACGGCCCCAGCCACUCCGACGGAGAAACAGCUUCUUCUUCCCGCCUCCAGGCGCCCCUCCCCGCCCGUCAGUAUGCGCGACACCUACGGCACCUCUUCGCUCAGCAGCAGCAGCAAUUCCGGCUCCUGUAAGGGCAGCGACAGCAGUCCCACGCCAAGGCGCCCCGUCAAGUACCUCCUCUGUAGUGACAACCAUGGGAUCAAGCCCCCGACACCUGAGCAAUAUCUCACCCCCCUCCAGCAGAAAGAGGUCUGCAUCCGGCACCUGCGGGCCAGGCUGAGGGACACUCACGAGAGGCUGCAGGACAGGGAUGGCGAGAUUGAAGACCUGAAGACCCAACUCUCAAGGAUGCAAGAAGACUGGAUUGAAGAAGAAUGUCACCGAGUGGAGGCUCAGCUGGCUCUCAAAGAAGCCCGGAAGGAGAUCAAGCAGCUCAAGCAGGUCAUCGACACCGUCAAGAAUAACCUGAUCGAGAAGGACAAAGGCCUCCAGAAGUACUUUGUGGACAUCAACAUUCAGAACAGGAAGCUGGAGACGCUGCUGCACAGCAUGGAGGUUGCGCAGAAUGGGGCGGUCAAAGAGGAAGGGCACACCGAGUCGGCUGGGGGAUCUCCUGCACGCUCGCUCACCCGCAGUUCCACGUACACCAAGCUGAGUGACCAGGGAGCGACGGACAGGAACAUCGGCGGCUCGCAAACCAUCUCCGUGGACGACGGAGCUGAUAGCGGCUUCGUGGCUGCAGAGAACUCCUUGAGCCGGACAGAUUUGUUGGACCACAGCAGCCUCCUGUCCUCAGGUGUGGAGUGUGGUCCUGACGAUGCCUCGUCCCUACACACCUCCUACACCCUGGGGUCCCAGAUGCCCACCAGCUCCACGUACGAGAAACUAACGGGAUCUCAGCAGAGCGUGGAGGCCGCCGUACAAGCUAGCUGCAUGCAGGAACAAGCCAUCCAGACAGACUUCGGACAUUACCAGCCAGAUCUGGACACCAUCUUGGAGAAGGUCAUGAAGUCUCAAGCGGGCAGCCUCGCCAGUCCUACCUCGGAGUGGCCCUCUGAGAUUGAAGAGGUGGCCGAGCCCACCAGCUCAGAGGGUUGUGUCCCCAACUGCUCAAACCACACAGACAGGACAACCCUCGAACCCGUCUCUGCUGUCGUGGUCAAUGCUGGAGAACCCACCGAGAAGCCCGAUGGCCAGCCGGCCUCGCGAAACCCGGCUGUGCAUCAACCUUGCAGCGCCAGCCCAUCCGUGAGCAUCGUCUGUAGCCCUGAAGAUGAGGCAACUGAGCCAGGACAGGACACCGCGGGGGCGGCAGCCCCAGUGGACUCUUCAGCCGAGCCCAAAACUUACUGGAGCCGCCAUUUCCUUGUGGAUCUCUUGGCCGUGGUUGUGCCUGCAGUGCCUACGGUGGCUUGGCUGUGCCGUUCGCAGCGGAGGCAGGGGCAACCCAUUUACAACAUCAGCUCUCUGCUGCGGGGUUGCUGCACAGUCGCCCUGCACUCGAUCCGGAAGAUCAGCUGCCGGUCAGUCACCAACGUGAGCAGCACUUGCUCUCCGCCAUAACCUCUUCCUUCUUCCCCACCCAACCGACUCUGUCAUGUGCACAUACAUCUGCUUUGUCGCCCUCGGAGCGUUCAGGGUUUAGGGGACCACGAUUGUAAAUCCCGUACGCACAACUUGAAUUUCUCUUUCCUGUUACCUUAUUUAUUUAGCGCACGGGUGGGUCGACUUGACCGGGCAUCCCGAUGUGCUGGAUCUUGAUUUAUGCAAAAUAACUUGUGAGAAGCCAUUGCUGUGGUGGCCCUGGCACAGCGUGGACAGGACAGGACCGUCUUCUCCUUGCUGAGAAACCGUCUCCUUUCAGGGAUGCUGCUCUUGAAAACUCAAACUUGGCUUUAGGAAACGUGUGUCACGUGUCCCACAUGAUUGGCUGACUCCCUUCUCCCUCCUCUUAACAUCUGAAUGUUUUUGAGUGAUCCAGAAAACGUCCCUCCAUUGUCGCGGCCUCCCUCGUCUCUCUUUCCUGCUUUUUCCAAGUGUCAUUCUCUAACCAGCCCUGAGUCUACCUCACCUUCCCGCGAUCAUCUCCCGUCCUGCUUAAGUCCAGAUCCGUCCAUGUUCUUCACCUUACAGGAGCCUGUCUUGCAGCAUGGCUGGCUGGGGAAUUCUGGGAGUUGAAGUCCACCCAUCUUCCAGCGGCCAAGAUUGGAAACCACUGCAGUAGGAGAAGGACUCUUAUCUGCUUUGCAGAGAGGAGGCAGAUGUGUGCAACAGCAGCUCCCCAAAUUCCCCUGGUCCCCUUUUCUACAUACACACACAUACACACACACACAUACACACACAUACACACACACACACACACACACACAGAGA